ACGAACCGAAGGACGUUUUAAACGUAUAUAAACUAAACUCAUAUGAAGCAAAAUCAUACAAUUCCAAAUACUUUGUGAUAACACACAAACUACAUCUACACAACAUGAAUACUUUUUUGAUCUUCGUUGCCAUGGGCAUUGUUGCUUCCGCAUCAGCUUCCGUUCUUUUGAAAGGGAUUAAUCUGAACUACGGAGGAUCUAUUGGACCGAGCGGUAUCGUUACUGGUAUUGGCGCUAAAGGACCUUCAGGAUCAGUCACAGGAGCUGGAGCGGUUGGUCCUUCUGGUAUAGUCACCGGAGCUGGAGCUAUUGGGCCAAAUGGACCCAACGGUCUCAUUGGAAUUGGUUCCUUGGGUAUCGAGAAAGGUCUCGGUCCCAUUGGGUUAGGAUUAGGACCAAUUGGACUCGUCGCUCCAACGUCUGGUGUUGUUCUCAAAGGAAUUGAUUCUGGUCUUUUGGGACUUGGUUCAAUUGGAAAAAUCAAUACUGGUAUUUUAGGUCUUGGCUCAGUUAGUAGAAUCGAUAAUGGUCUUUUGUGGUAA